CUCCCCCCGGAUCUCAAGUCCGGCACUUCCGGUGAGCCUCCCAGGACUUCCAAACUGAGGCGGCAGCGGCAGCGGCUGUGAGGGGAGCAAGUUGGACGCCCCUGGUCUUAACGUUUUCUGGACCUAGCGGCAUCCGCGAGUCAGAGGCGCCAUCAUGUUCUCUUUCAACAUGUUUGACCACCCGAUUCCCCGGGUCUUCCAGAACCGCUUCUCCACGCAGUACCGCUGCUUCUCCGUGUCCAUGCUUGCAGGGCCUAAUGACAGGUCAGAUGUGGAGAAAGGCGGGAAGAUAAUUAUGCCACCCUCAGCCCUCGAUCAACUCAGCCGACUCAACAUUACUUACCCCAUGCUGUUCAAACUGACCAACAAGAACUCGGACCGCAUGACGCACUGCGGUGUGCUGGAAUUUGUCGCUGACGAGGGUAUCUGCUACCUGCCACACUGGAUGAUGCAGAAUUUGCUGUUGGAAGAAGGGGGCCUGGUUCAGGUGGAAAGUGUCAACCUUCAAGUGGCCACUUACUCCAAAUUUCAGCCCCAGAGUCCUGACUUCCUAGACAUCACCAACCCUAAAGCAGUAUUAGAAAACGCAUUGAGAAACUUUGCCUGUCUGACCACUGGGGAUGUGAUUGCCAUCAACUACAAUGAGAAGAUCUAUGAACUACGGGUGAUGGAGACCAAGCCUGACAAGGCCGUGUCCAUCAUCGAGUGUGACAUGAAUGUGGAUUUUGAUGCUCCACUGGGCUACAAAGAACCCGAAAGACAAGUCCAGCAUGAGGAAUCAACUGAAGGAGAAGCUGACCAUAGUGGCUAUGCUGGAGAGCUGGGCUUCCGAGCCUUCUCCGGCUCCGGGAAUAGACUGGAUGGGAAGAAAAAAGGUGUAGAGCCCAGCCCCUCCCCAAUCAAGCCUGGAGACAUUAAAAGAGGAAUUCCCAAUUAUGAAUUUAAACUUGGUAAAAUCACUUUCAUCAGAAAUUCACGCCCACUAAUCAAAAAGGUCGAAGAGGAUGAAGCUGGAGGCAGAUUCGUUGCUUUCUCUGGAGAAGGGCAGUCGUUGCGUAAAAAGGGAAGAAAGCCAUAAGUUGGGACUGUUAGCUGAUUGGAAAAUAAAAUAACCAAUUGCAGCAUAAUGGCUUUUAGUUACUGGCUCUCACAGGGAUGAGACUUAUUGCAGAGAAUGCUCUGUCACUUUAGCUUUGUUUAGAAUUACCUAAGAAUUGUCGAGUUUAACCUGGAAGUGGAACAGCAGGACUUUGUGUACUUGAAUUGGGGGAAGAGAAAGCUGUGUCUGAGGUCCCAAAGGCGGCCUCCUUGCCACUCCUUGCUUUCAGCCCCUAGGAGCACUCCCACUGCCUCAGCAGAAGUAGAGUCCCCCGUUCCUGAUAAAAAUCAAUGGAGGGGGUUCAAUUGCUCUAACUUGUGAUGUUCUUUCUCUUUUUUAUCCUUUCUUUUUUGUUGGUCUGUAGCUUAAACAUUGCUGUUGGCCCAGAGAAAAGUGGUUUAAAUAGAUGUGUGCUCUAUAAAUAGUGGUUAUUCCGUUACUCUGGCUGCAAUCAAAGUAUUUAUUUUAUAUAUUGUUUUUUUCCCAGAAGAACCAUUCCUCAGAAGGAAAAACUGAUCUGAAAGCAUUUCUACUUUUAGAGUGCAUUUGGAAAUAACUAGCUCCUUAAUAAAUAUGUUCUAUGGCAGAGGAAACCUUCAUGGUGAAGAACAAAUGUGAAUAUUAGAAUAAAUAAAAGCUAAAGAUAA